AUGUCUCAUCUAGUUCCUUUUAUUCUAUUCAUCACUGUUACUGGUAUUUUCUGCUGCCCAUGUGCUCAAGAGAAGAAUGCUGAGGCCACUGCUGCCCCAACACCUCCUGCCACAGAGUUCGACUGGAACACAGCUGAUCGUAUCCGCCUUGCUCAAAAUGCUCUUUUUUCACCACCCAAAAUCGAAACACCUCUCUGUGGUGAUGGAUGGGAAGUAAUGAAGGAGUCCUGCUACUACAUCGAGAGAGAUGAAAAGCUCUCUUUUGAUUUGGCUGAAAAGAAGUGCAGAAACCUUGGAGCUUCCCUCUUUGUCGCCAACACCAAGGAAGAAUACGAACUCCUUACUCUUGAUGCUCCUCAACACUAUUUCACAUGGACUGGAUUAUCCAAGAACACCGAGACUGAAGAACCUCACUGGACCUCUGCUGAAGGACUUGACAUCAACGAGAUCAACUGGCUCAGCAAGCCAUAUUCUCAAGCCACAAACGGAUGGACCACUGUUUCUCAAUGUGCUGCUCACUUCAACCCAUCUACCGAUGUUGGAAAGUACACUUUCUGGUAUCCAUGCAGCUACUCCUUCUACUACAUCUGUGAGCGUAAUGCUACAUUGGUUAACUAA